GGCGGAGAGGGAAGGAUGCUUACGUGGAAAGGGAAGAGUGGUCGUAAAAGGCUGUCUCUUGAAUUCGCCAUUGCUGUCUGGACGAAGAAGAGAGAGGAGAUGGCUCCAAAGAUGGCCAAAGCGAGAACGGCGACGCCGCUUCCAUCGCCUCCUCGUAGGCUUACACGCAGCGCCACCGCCGCCUCUGCUCUCGUCGGAGCCAAGCCCACGAACAAGCGCAAGCCCGCCAAAGAGCAGAAGCCCGCAAAGAAAUCCAAGACCACCGAAGAGUCCAAGUCCACAAGCGAGGCCAAGCCCACCAAAGAAUCCAGGUCCGCGAAGCAAGCCAAGUCCACUGAAGAUGCUGAGCCCACAGACGAGUCGAAGCCGACAAGAGGAGGCCGUAAAACCCGAGCGGACUCCCAGGAAGCCCAAGUCGGGCCCACUGUGGGCACGACCAUCGUCAUCGAGCGCUGCACACAAUGCAACUCCUUUAAGGAACGGGCAUUGAAGGUCGAGAAAGGAUUAAAAGAAGCCGUCCCUGAUGUUAAUGUCAAGAUAAACCCAGAAAAGCCAAGGAGAGGAUGUUUUGAGAUUCGUGAUGAGAAUGGCCAAAUUUUCAUUUCACUUCUGAGUAUGUCUCGGCCUUUCAAGAAAAUGAAGGAUCUCAAUAUGGAUGAGGUUGUUGCUGACAUAAUUAAAAAGAUCAAGUGACCCUUGAUUUUGUUUGACAUCAGAGCUAGAGGCUGGUAAUUUUCUGUGAGCUCAUUUGGCACAGAAAAUGAUGCAUUUUGGGGAUCAGUCUUGGGAGAAACGAAGGAUAUUAUCGAUAUGGGUAUGGCAUCGUUUGUUUUGUUUUGGGUCGAAGCUCUAAUGGUCCUGACUUCUGAACUGUGGUAUAACUCUGACGGGCAUAGUUCUAUCUGAUUCCUGAUACAUUACUCUGUAAUUUUGCAUUUGGAUGAUGUUUGUCUGGUAAUUUUCAUUGGCAUCAUGGGAAAUGAAUUCUGUACAACUUCUGGGCAACUGGUGACUGGUUUGGGGCUGAAAAUUCAUCACAUGAUGACUGUGAUUCAGUGAAGGAUUAUGUGAAGUUCGAGAUGGAUGGCAUGAGAGAUUACACUGGUUUUUCCAAGUGAAGAAAAUUCAUGGCAUGAGUUUCUUUUUUUGGGUAUAUGCUCCAUGAUGAAUUAACUGUGAAGAGAGAGAGAUGUCAAGAGAGAGAGAAAGAGGUUUUCUAAAAUUUUUGUGAAUUCCCGUUUAUUCAUCGAGCUAAUUUUUCCAUGUAUUUCUUUCCGUUUUUGUCUCUGCAAAGUGUUCAUUGUAAAUUGAAAGAUGUGCUACCCGAAUUUCCAAAUGUGCCCCCAUUAGAUGUUC